CUCAACGGGUAAGCAAAGUCUACCUUUUCAUGCUCUCUGUAUUAAGUUCACACUGGAAGUAUGGCCGUCUAUAAGGACGAAAGCCAGGACGACGGACCAGAAUGCCCGGUGUGUUACGAGUAUCUUUCUGGGACCGAACGAACUUUAAGCUGCGGACAUGUUUUCUGCCACGAUUGUCUCGUCAAAACGCUGGUGACCAUCAACAGCGAUGGAAAUAUCAGAAACACGAUCGUCUGCCCGAUCUGCCGACAUCUUACAUUCAUCGAAAAACAAAAAGCGCUGAACUCACUCGAAGCCGAUAAUGAUCCGAAAGAGCGGCAGACCCUGAAGGUGCCUCUCCCUUUGCCGGUGGGACAGCAGCAGAGCGCACGGCGCGCCUCGGGAGACAGUUUACGGAGUGAAGUUUACUGUAUCACUCGCUGCUUUAGAGGCUUUUCUCAGCGAGCUCGCCGACAGAAGGGGAUCAGCCCCUGCCAAAAGGGAUCCCAGAUAUUCAUCAUAAGCGCCCAAGGGCGACCUAUGACUGAAGGAGAUGCGCCCGGUGUUGUAAUAUCUGUGGCUCGCCCCCAGCGCAGGCGUAGGAUUUGCACGACAACGGGAUGGUUGUUCUGUCUGCUGUCUUUGUUUGUUUUACUCGCAGUGACAGCUUCGAUUUUUCCCUGGAUUGUACUGAUGUAGCCCAGCGAUCCGCAUGCCUCGGUCAAAGUAUUGAGUAAUUUACUGACAUUUAAAGAAAGACACGCGUUUGGCUGUAUUCAGUGUCCAGAAUUACUGAAAAUGGAGUGAUGUGCUUUAGUUGGAGUGAGGAUUUUUAAGAUGUUAUCAGUUUCCUUCCUUGAUUCUUUGGAAAAGUUUAUACACGUGACUUGUCCUUUACUGAGAAUUGCCAAGCAAGUGUUUGUCUUAGGAAGCCUCAAACUGUAAAACCUUUUGUUCUGCAAUCUUGUCUGACGUGUUCAACCUGCUGGAGAACCACAUAUCACAGCCCAUAGAUGGUAAAUCCAAUAAAAGUGGACACAGUAACGUCACUGAACUGUUAAAAAGCUGAAGAAAACAAUCACUUUGCUGUUAGAGCUGCUAACUUUAGUUGUGUUACCCUGUUUGUUGUUCAACACCCUGUUUCCAAGCAGCAGCAAAUACCUUUGUGCCCCAUGCCAAGGGGCACAUUCAACCUCGAUCUCAGGAUUGUUUAGUUUGUCUGCAUUUGUCCAAAAAAGAAAGUCAAAAGGGUACAUUUAAUAUGAACUUGACCUUGGUUUAUUUAUUUUUGCAGACAAAAUGAGAUGAUAGAACUUAAAAAACACACAUACUUGCAAAUGAUAUAUUAAAAAUAUACACUAAGUUUAACAUUAAACGUUUGAGCAAAUUGUUAAAACACUUGUAUAUGACAGUGCAGGUGGAGCCUCAUGACAAAUGCAAAGACUCAUUUUGACAAUGAGCUGUGCAGUUAUCACCACCAUACUGGGAAACCCGUACACUCCUAGUUUCUGUCAGUCUCUGGGUUGGUUGUCUUGCUGAGCCAGUCCUACAAGUUACAACCUGCAGAGGGUUUUUCCUUUCAGAUAUAUUUGUCUUCAUAAUGGUAAUAUUAAAAAGUAUUAGGUUAUCUUUUAGAUAAUAUACCCUGUUACUGGAUUCCAUAUUGAUAGAUGGCCCCACAUUGAGAAUACAUUUGUGAUUAUACAAGAGCACAAGAGAAAUAGCCUCGAAUUAUUGACAGCAAAAAGUGAACAUGUUCAUACUGUGUGUGUUUUUUAGACAUAGAAUAUUUACAUAAAUUAAACCAUU